AAAUGGCAUAACAAUCGAUACAUCGCAAUUCACGCCACGCCAAUGGUGCUGAACUCAGCAAAAUUAAGCGGAGCUUUGGUCUCAGCUAGCCUCCCUGCAUCUAUUUUGAACAGAUAACCACACACGUUUCAAAAUACACACACAUUGCAAUGUUCGAUGGUCUUCAAAAUUUUUCAUUCACUCAGUCUUGUCGCGACAAGGGAUUUGCUAGCACGUCCGUGUUCGGAGUGUCAAACGAGGUUUUAGUAUAAGGAUGCUUAAAUUCUACCAGAACAAUUUUCACGAAGUUGUAAAGUGAUUUCAUUUUACAGUUGUCAUCGAAAUUGAUGAGACAUGGUGAAUCUUGAAACAUGUUUCAUUUGCGGGUUAAAUUUGGCAGAGGGGGAAGUGGAUGCUGUGAAGUCCAGAGGGUUAAAAACCUUAAUUCGGUGCAGUGCGGAAUGUAAAGACGGGAACGAUGCAUUUUUAAAGACUAUUAAGAGUGUAAAAGUGCAUUCGAAGUGUCGAAAGAUCUAUACGAAGGAAAAAAGUCGAAGGGUCAAAUCGACUCAACCAGAAAGUACCUCGGCGAGUUUUCGUAGCAAUGUCCCUUCUUUCGAUUUUAAAAAAAAUUGUAUCUUUUGUGCUGAAGAUGCGAGUGAUGUGUUUUUGCAAAGACAAAUAAAAGUAAAGCGAAGUAAGCGCGUGUCAGUGAAUCGCGUCGAGACCAUGGGAAUUAAGGAUACACUUAUGGAAAUUAUCGAUGAACGGGAUGAUGAACAAUGCCAACAACUUUUUACGCGCAUUAGUACAGUUGAUCUAAUUGCAGCUGAGGCCAGAUAUCACUCUAAUUGUUGCAAGCUGUUCUACUCACAACCGAGGAAAGGUAAACCCAGAGGUCGACCUGAAAGCGCCCACACUGGUGCUGCCAUGAAUUUUGCAUUCAAUUUUCUUGAGAAAAACAGUGAAGAAUGCCAGUUUUCUCUAGAUGAAAUAUUUGAAGGUUUUAAGGGUGAACUGCCCAGUCAGAGAGUAAUUAAGGAAAAACUGGUGGCAAAGUACGGCGAAGACAUCCAGGUCACAUCAGUUAAAAACCGGAAACCCGUGGUUUGUUUUCGGAACACCGGACACAAAAUUCUAUCAGAACAGUGGUACUCAAAGCAGGAUGCCUCUGAAAAGGACGAAAGACUUCGAAUAGUGAAAUCUGCCGCCGAAAUUAUUUGCGAGGAUAUCAGGCAGACAGUUUAUGAUACCGAAAAUUAUCCUCAAUGUAAUGAUUUUUUGAUAUCCGUUGAAGAAGACGUACCGGAAACUUUAAAUUGUUUGCUGGAAACUAUCAUAACUUCGCACAAAAAAGGAUCCAUGGAUAAGUGGAAAACCAGAUGUACAGCCAUCGCUCACGCCAUUAUAGCCUCCGUCCGGCCUAAGUCGUUCGUUUCUGGAUUGCAAGUUGGCCUUUCAAGUCUUAUCAAUCAAAAAUUCGGAUCAAGGCAGCUAAUUGAUGUGUUAGCAUCUUUAGGUUUUUGCUCGACUUACAGAGAAGCAACUAGAUUACAGAUUUCCGCAAUGACAGACCCGCCUAAUUUUUCAAUCCAGGAGUCAUUUUCACAGUUUGUGUUUGAUAAUGCUGACGUCAAUGUAUGCACGCUUGAUGGGUACAAUACGUUCCACAGCAUGGGCGGCAUUCAGUGCAUCACACCCCGAACAGCGGUUUCUUGUGAGAAAAAAAUCCCAAGACUGAAAAUUAUUCCAUCUGCUGAUUCUGUUGCUUUAUCGAGUCAAGUGCCCAUUCAAAUUUUUCACAAAACUGAAAAUUCGGGGCUUAAUUUAGUGAAAAUUGAAAAUUUAUGCGAUAAAAAUCCUUUAUGUGAGGAAAUUGUUCCAUCUAUUUCAGACUUUCUUUGGUUGUUCGCUAAAGCCUCAGAAUCGUUUGAAUUGCCAGGUUGGAAUGGGUACAUGGAAAAAAUUACAGCUCACUUGCCACAUGAAAAGUCGUACAUUUUGUGUCUUCCGUUUACAAAUGCUCCUCCGUCUGAUUUCAACACAAUUUACACUGUACUUCUCACUGCUGUAGAAAAAACUAAGCUAGCUAAACAAACUUGUUGUAUUGUAACUUUUGACCAGCCAUUGUAUUUUAAAGCACGAGACAUCAUAGCAUCUGCUGAAAAAGGUUCUGAUUUGAGCAAGAUCAUAGUUAGGCUAGGUGGAUUCCACCUACUAAUGUCAUACCUAGGUGCUUUGGGUUUUAUCAUGGAUGGCAGUGGGUUGAAGGAUGUGUUUAAUACAGUUUACGCCGGUGCUUCAACGGAUAAAAUGCUAACAGGUCAUGCAUAUGCAAGGGCAUUUCGAGCACAUUUGCUAACUCGCCUAGCUUUAGCCAAAAUUAUUUUUAAAGAAUUAAAUUUAACAUCGGAUGAAGAAACUUUGUUAACCGAAUAUUUACUGAUGCUUGAGGAGCCUGAUUAUUUAAGUAAAAUCCAAAACACAGAGGUAAGGAGUUUGAUAGACAAAUUCUUACUUUUACUGAGACAAAUCGAAGAAAGAGGCCCCACUUCAAAGUUAUGGGUUCAGUAUUUCGAUGCUGUGACAUUAAUGAUUUUAUUUGUUGAAUCUGAACGCUCAGGUAAUUGGACUUUACACCUUCAAACUGUGCAAAAGAUGAUACCAUUUUUUCACGCAAGUGGACACUUUUUGUACGCAAAAUCGUGUCAUUUAUACUUACAGGACAUGUUAGAGCUCAAAAAUAAAAUGAGUCUGGGCGAAUAUUGUUCUUUUGUUGAAAGAGGAAUGUUUACUGUCAGACGUUCCAACAAAUUUUGGUCAGGUAUAUGGUCAGAUAUGACCAUUGAGCAAACUUUAAUGAGAUCUCUAAAAAGUUCUGGGGGCCUCAGCCAUGGUAGAGGUAUUAGUGAUUCCACCUUAGCAAAAUGGAUACUUUCUAUGCCUUUUUUGUCCAGCAUUUCUCAAUCAGUUGAAAAUUUUUGUAAAAUUUCGUUGCACACAACAGAGCAACACGUAGACAGUCGACCCUCUCGAGUCUCCCGUGAUAAUAAUGAUUGUGGGAAGUUCACAGAAUGGUUUUCUUUGCAUCCGCCGUUCCCUGAAAAUGAUAAUCUCGUGUCAAUCAGCACAGGUGUUGUUGCUGAUCCAAAAAUUAACUGUCAUAAAGCUCGUGAAGUUGGUAGGGUGCAAAUGAGUACGCUGGAGGGCACUUUCGGUGAAAUCAAAUUUAAAAGGAGCAACCGCGUGUUACCCAUUUCUGCAACAAACUGCAGCGUUAAAUUAAAUAAUAAAGUAAUACCCAUUAAUCCUACACUUCUUUUUCAAAGGAUUUCUUUCCUUAAAAAAUCAGACAAACAAUUGGAGGAUUAUUUUCAAUUCGAACUGGCUCCUUAUCCAUUGGCUCUUUUUGACGAAUCCGGAAUGCGGAAAACGUCUAAGUCAGUGAUCUAUGAAUUUUUUUCAACUUGCGAAACUGUAGUCAAAUUGAAAGAUUCUAUCUGUGUGAUUGAUGGAGGAUUUUUGGUUCACAAAAUUAUCUGGCAUCGGCAAGAAACAUACUCCCAAAUACUCGAUAAACAUGUUGAGUAUGUGCAGAAAAAUUAUUCCGCUAACACGACAGUGGUGUUUGAUGGAUAUCCGGAGGACAGCGAAGCAAAGAGCACCAAAACAGCGGAACGCUGUCGGAGAUCAAAAUCAUUAUCAUCUCCAGAGAUUAUUUUUGAAGAGAGUAUGUCAGCGACUGUCACACAAAGUAAAUUCCUCGCGAACGAGAAAAAUAAAAGUCGAUUGAUAGCUUUACUAAGAGAGAGGUUUGAGAGGGCAGGUAUUAAAACUAAACAAGCGAAAGAGGAUGCUGACGUACUUAUUGUAAAUACAGCCAUGGAGUACUCUGAAAAUUCUCCAUCAGUCGUAAUUGUAGGUGAAGACUCUGAUCUCUUAGUAAUCCUUACAGCUUUGAACAACUCUAAGAAAAACAUUUAUUUUCUUAAGCCGGGUAAAGGUAAAAUUCCCAAUAAAACUUACUCGCUGAACCAGAACCUAACUUUAGCAGAUAAUGUUUCACUUUUACACGCAUUCACUGGUUGUGAUACCACAUCUGCAAUUUUCAGGCAAGGAAAACAUAAGCUCUUCAAAUUGUUACAAAAAGAUGAGAGCUUAAAAUUAGCGGCUCAAAUUUUUAAAAAACCAAAUGCCUCACCAGAGGCAGUAGCUAGUGCAGGGGAAAAGUUGUUUCUUUCCCUCUACGGUGCUCAAGGUGAUGUAUCAUUGAAUCAAUUUAGGUACCAGUGCUUCACACAAGCGAUAAGCAAAAGUGCACCGAAUAAUUUAGCUUCCUUGCCCCCUUCUUCAGAUUCAGCGCGUAUGCAUUCAUUUAGAGUCUAUUUACAAAUGCAGAUGUGGUAUGGUCACGAAAUAUCUCCAUUACAGUGGGGGUGGAAACAUUGUAAAACUGGACUAUUCCCGAUUCCAAUGCAGAAUGAUCCGGCGCCUCAAGAGCUUUUAAAAUUAAUUUCAUGCAAAUGUGUGAAGGGCUGUCAAAAUGCUUGUUCCUGCCGAAAAGCAGGCUUACACUGCUCUUUACUUUGCAAAAACUGCGAAGGUAGAUCAUGCUCAAACGUGGCCGAUAUCAUCGAAGAUGAGGAUAGCAUGGAUGAAGAUGAAAUGUAAGAAUCUCGUGUGUAGAUUGUAAGGCAAAUAUGAACCUCUCCCAGGUGUUAAAUCUGAUUUUUUUUGUAUUUCAGUGAAUUUUCAAAUAUAUGUUCAACUGUAAAUUGGAGAAACUUGCUUUUCUUAUAU